ACUUACUCGUUGGAAAGGACGGUUCUGCCCUCGUGCCGGUAGGGACCGUAGCAAUAGAGGCAGCCGCCGCGAAGCCGCAGGCGCUCCCCGGCCAGCUUCAUCAGCCCGAGGGUCGCCCCCCACGGCGAGAUGUGGAUCAUGUUGAUGCACAGAACGAGGUCGAGGGGUUCGUCCCCCCUUGAAAGGAAGGAGGGCACAAGGGAGGAUGCCUCGAUCCCGCCUUCGCCGAGUGUGAGGAGCUCGGGGGGAGCCACCACCUUUUCCAGGCCGGGGGAGGAUGCCACCCGGGAACGGACCGACGCCAGGGAGGCGUCCUCCGGAUCGGUGGCGUGCCAAACAAAGGGAGGGGGGGAAUCGCCUCCUUCGGAAGAAGCCUUGUCGGCGUCGUGUUCGAGCGACGAGAGCCACCGGCUCGCAAAGCACUCCGUGUGGACCCCGGCACCGGCCGCGACCUCCAGGACGGUCCACGGAUGGUUUCCCUCGUUCCCCCGGCGGAGGAUCCGGGACGAGAGGACCCCCCAGAUCGGGUCCUUGUUGCGUUCCGCGGAGGGCGAUUCCAGGCGUGAAGUUGCCACGGAAAAGGCCGUCGGCGCGUCGCGGCCGGUGCCCUCGCUCCCGGGAGGCAUCGGUGGGGUGGCGGAAGCGCUCGUGGCGCUGCCGGUGGUGCCGCAGCCGGUGCCGGCCCUCCGUGUCCUUCCGGCAGCGGCCGGAAAGCCAACGGUGCUUGGGUCCCUCCGUUGGGUUUGGUCCUUUGGAAAGCCUUUCGCGGUCGCAAAAGCGAGGGCUCGCGAGUUUGUUGUUGUUGCCGCCGCCGGCGUCGAUGCUGCGAGGGCCGCGCACAGGGCCAGCAACCCUUUGGUCCGAGGGGCGGGCCGUUUGGUUCUCGGUGGUGCGGCUGCCGCUGCCGCUCUUCUUCUUGCCGCUGCCGUAGCUAUUGUUGUGUUUCGUGCCGGACGGACCACCGCUCGGCCCGGGACCAUGCCUCUCCGAUCCGAUCCAAAUCCAAUCCAAUCCGAAUCCAGAAUGCCCGAGGUAUUUCUGUCGGGACAAACCAGAAGAAUAUCAAAGAAUGACGCCAGGAUGUUUCUCCCGUGCCGACAUCSGAAAAAUGGCCUCAUUGCGUCGUUCCUCCUGAUCGGCCGGACGUCCUASGGUGCAGUACUGAUUCUACUGUAAAGAUACACACAACGAUCCGCGCAGCAUGUUGUUGUUGAAUGCGGAACUUCGUACUGGUAGUACGAGUACUGGUACGAGAGUACGAUCACCUCAAAAUAAUCCUACCGUACUACUGCGAGUAAACGCACUGUAUCAAU